AUGGUCUCGGCCCCUUCGGCUACGGCCCCGCUCCCACUUCCGCGGGGCCGCUGGCUUUGGACCUCACUCACCAAGGGAGCACUCAUGAGAACUCACACUGGAGAAAACCCUAUGUUUGUAAUCAAUAUGAAAAAUCCUUCAGGAGUAGCUUUUCCCUUACUGUGUACAACAGAACACAAAAUGGAAUUCAGUGACUGUGGGAAAGCCUUCAGUGCUACUUCAUCCCCUAGUAAACAUGACAAAUCACAUCAGAGAAAAGCCCUACGAAUAGAUGAAAUAGGAAUGAGAAGUGAAAAUGGAGUUCAGAAAAAUGAAAUUCAGUUUAUAUCAACACAUUGCUUGGGAUCUGGAGCCCAGUUCAAAGAGUCAGAGCACAAACUUCAGCCACAAAGCCUGGCUUGCACUGUUGUAAUGCUUAAGAGCAUAGACUUUGGAGUUGGGCCGACUUGGGCUGAGGGGACGCACGCAGCAGACUUCCGUCCUCAAAGGACGACGGGCAUCAAAAAGAGGGACGAUGUGGGGUCCCGGGACUACCACAAGAGGAGGCCUCAGAUUGUGGAUAUAGGGAAUAGGAGCACAGUGAUAGAGUUUAUCCUAAUGGGCUUUGAGCAGAGCUCCCCUUCCACACGGGCAUUGCUCUUUGUCCUCUUCCUAGCCCUCAACAGCCUUGCCAUGCCCAUGAAUGGCCUCAUCAUCUUCAUCACCUGGACAGAUCCCAGGCUCAGUAGCCCCACGCUGUUCCUUGGCCACCUAUCCUUCCUGAAUAUCUACUUCGUUCCUACCACCAUUCCACCUGGUGGAAUGCUGAUGCUGAUUCACCUGGUGGUCAAGAACUGUGUGGUCUCCUUUGCCUCGUUCUUGACCCACAUGUAUCUGGUUUUUGGUGUGGGUGGCUGCCACCCAUUUAGCUAUGCCCAGAUCAUGAGCCAGCAGGUCUGUGUGAGGCUGGUGAGUACUGCCUGGUUCUUUGGGCUGAUCAAUGGCAUCUUUCUUGAGUAUAUGUCAUUCCAGAAUCCCUUCUGCAGAGACAACCACAUAGAAAACUUCUUCUGCGAGGCCCCCAUAGUGAUUGCUCUCUAUGGAGACCCCCAGUUUAGUCUGAGAGUCAUCUUUGCUGAUGCCGUUGUGGUGCUGCUCAGCCCCAUGGUGCUCAUUGUCAUCUCUUAUGCCCACAUCCUGGCCUCCAUCCUGGGCAGAGCCUCCUCCUCUGGUCUGGGGAAGACCUUCUCUACUUGUGCCUCCCAUCUGACUGUGGUCAUCUUUUUCUACACCUCAGCCAUGUUCUCUUACAAACCACGCAGCAAACAUGGUCCUGACAAAGACAAGCCUUUCUCUCUCCUCUACACCAUCAUCACCCCCAUGUGCAACCCCAUCAUCUACAGUUUUUGAAAUAAAGAAAUGAAAGGGGCUGUGGUGAGGGCACUUGGGAGGAGCAGCUUUUACCAGGCAGAGUCUGUCUAG